AUGACAGGAGAAAGAGAGCUGAGAAAUUUGGUUCCAACCAAUGUGGACGCAGCACCAACUCCCAACACCAGAGGGAGGAAGCAAAGGGUAAGAAGUCAAGGAGUUUCUGUGCUCUUCUACCCUCCCCCACCCCAGAACCGUGGAGAAACGAGCUUUAAACAAAACAAAACAAAACUACAGGGAUCUAAACGACCAGACGUAGCUAAAUGUUCUUCAAAACUGCAGACGGCAGACGGAGAACAAGCCUGCUCUGAGGGAAGGGAGGACGGGGUUAGCGGAAGGCCGGCCGCACGUUGCCUCGACGCCGGCAGGGGAACUGACCUCCCUCCUACAUUUGCCCACCCGGCGUCAGCCCCGGCACUCGGGGCACCAGUUCGGAGGCGACGGCGGCUCACGUCCACGCCCGGCUCAAGUCUCCCACAUGUGCCCCAAACAGUUGCUCCGACGCGGAGACUUCGAGGCUCCCUGCCGCCAUCAGAACUGCCCCAAACUGGACAAGACGCGAAACGCCAGGGAAGAGAAGAGCGACGGAGGGGACCCGGUGGGGGAAGAGGCAGCACCCUCGCCCCGAAAAACUUGGGGACCUCGGGCUACCGCGGAGACAGCGAAAGAAAGGGAAAAAUACCCCGCGACCUCCCACCGCCCCGGCCCGGGCAGCCCCCGCCCCCCGAGCGACCCCCGCCGCCGGCGUCCUCCUCGGCCAGCCCUCCCGGCCUCGCCCUCACCCUCGCAGCCCCUCGGGCCGCACGCGCAGACGCCUGUGACAUGAGCGGAGCCCGGAGCGGACCCCGAGGCCCCGGCGCGGCAGCGGCGACGGCGGCCGCGCCGCGGGGUAUUAAUCCCGGGUCGGUGGGAGGCUCCGGAGGCUGCCCUCACCCAUCUCCGCCUCCCCAGUCGCCUCCGCCUCCGCCUCCUCCUCCCGAGGCUGCGCAGCUCCCAGCCACCCCCACUACCGUCCCGGCUUUAGCGCUGGUGAGGAGGAGGAGGCGGAGGCGACGGAGGCGGCGGCGCUGCGGCCGAGCCCGGGCAGGCCCCGCCCUCCGCGCCCUCGUUGGCUGCCGGGGAGGGCGGGCCGGGCCGCCUCGGGCUCGUCCAUUGGCUCCGUCUGCCUUCCGUCAGGACCCCCUCCCUCGAGGGGGUGGUCCGAAGGGCCGUCCGUCAGGCGCGGGCCACACCCCCCGGCGUCGCCGUUCCCCUCCCCGCCUCCGCCCGCGCUCGGCCCUCGGCCGCGUCCCCUCCCCGCCUUGCCCCCGCCUCCCACCCCGCCCCCACCCCGGGGUCCGUCAGGGUCAGGCAGCCCGAGGCUCGCCGCCCGCUGCACCGGCCCCGGGCGCCGGCCCGGGGGGCCCGGGGGGCGCUCCAGGGCCCGGGACAGCCCGACAGCCCCAGGCCGUGGCCGCCCGCCCUAGCUCGGGCCUGGGCGCCCCGGCCGCUGCGGCCGCUCCCAGCGACCCUGCCCGAGGAGAGACGCGGCCUCGAUGUCCCCAGCGCCCUCCCUGUCCCGUUCCUCAAGCCCCCCGAGAGGGGCGAGCCCGCGCGCGGGCUGGAGCGCGCCGGGGCUGGGAGGUCGGGGCGGCGGGUCAAGCGGGCUCCCCAACGUGCUGCGGGGAGUGGGGGCGCUUCCACCCUCGCCUCACCCCCGUGGGGAAUAGUCCCCCCACCUCCCGUCAUGGCUGCAGGAGGAGACGACGUCCUCCAUUUUGUCGGGACUGCUGUGGGAACUUGGGGCCGAUUCAGAGCCAGGCCCCGUGGGGCGGGCAGACGUGUGCCCGCGAGGCCCCGACUGGGCUCCGCCAUUCGGCCGGGGGGACAGCCCCCGAUUCCGGCGUCUGCGUCCGAGGGGCCCUGGGGGACGGGCGCCACGGUGGAGGGGCCCGGACGCCGCUCCCCGCCUCCACCAACCAAGAUGGAGGAAGCCGCGGGCUCCCCCGGAGCUGGGCUCCCGCCUGUGGGAAGGGCCGGAGCCUCCCCUCGGUGCGGCCCUCGGCGCUGCCGUCGUCCCCCUGCGCGGCCUCUCUCGGCUGCGCUCCCGCGGCCUCUCCCCGGCCUUCCCCGGCCUUCCCCCGCCUCCUGCUCCUCAACGCUCGAGGGGGUCCCCACGCCACCGCCCGCUCCCCGCUUCGCCCCCGCGGGGCCGGCCUGGCCGCGGGGAGCCCCGGGGCGGCCGUGCCCGGAGGGGCCCCGUCCGCGCGGGGGCUUCUCUUUUGUUCAUCGUCUACACCUACGUCUUCGGCGCACGUCAGGGUGCCGUGCAACAGCCCAGAUUCCGUGGAAAGAUGA